CCUCGCAGCGCACCUCGCUCUUCGCCCAUAACUACUCCUCCGCACCGCUGUUUUUUUUCUCCCCCUUCCCUUCCUCGCCCCUCCCAAUCUCAAUCUCGACCCGCAUCCCAUCCCACCUGCCCUGCCGGCGCGGGGGUCCUCCGCCUGCCCUGCCCCGCCCCGCCGCGCCGCCCAGAUCUCGUCGCCGUCAGCCGGCGUCGUGACCUCCCGCCGCUGCAGCGCCCUCGCCGGAAUCCACUCUACGGCGGGCGGGAGGGCCAGGCCAGCCGCGGGGAGGAGGACAGGAGGCGCCCUAUCCUGUCGCCGCGCGGAUAGGCGAGGCCUGAGGUGAGAUUGAAGAUGCCUACAGAGGGGUUGCGGUCUUGUGUAUAGGUCCCUCUCUACUGAGAUGUUUUUGUAGAUUCUGACGGAAUGUUGGAAGGCCAAUCUUGCCUGAUCUCGAGGUCGCUGCCUACCUCCAGUGAGCAGGAAUCCAGAUUAGCUUAUAUGACUUACCACCUCCUCGAGAUCACGAGGACUAAGCGCCCAUCUGGGGUCCUGGCUAUUGAGCAAGACGGAAUUGCUGUAGUGGCAGUGUCGGCAAAGCGGCCUAAGUCUGAGGAUAAAAACAAUGAUGAGCCGGUGGACUGUCAAGGUAGUAAUGGUCAGGGCUACUCUGAUUCUAGCACCCUGAUAAGCUCCAUUGGCAGGGAUAACUCAAUCAAUUGUCUUGCCCGUUGCUCUCGGUCAGAUUAUGGCUCCAUUGCAUCACUCAACCGGAAUUUCCGUUCUCUUGUCCGUGACGGCGGACUGUACAAAGAACGGCGGCGGUUAGGGAUUGCAGAACACUGGGUAUAUUUCUCCUGCAAUGUACAGGAGUGGGAGGCGUAUGACCCGUACCGUUCACGGUGGAUGACACUCCCAAGGAUGCCACCUAAUGAGUGUUUCAUGUGCUCUGACAAGGAGUCACUAGCUGUGGGCACUGAACUUCUGGUGUUUGGCAAGGAGAUUCUUGCACAUAUUGUUCUUAGCUAUAGCAUUCUGACAAAUUCAUGGUCAAGAGGUGUUGAAAUGAAUGCCCCUAGAUGCUUGUUUGGGUCAGCUAGUUUUGGGGAGAAGGCAAUUAUAGCUGGUGGCAUGGAUGCUAGCGGGCAAGUGCUUCGCUCUGCGGAGCUGUACAACUCUGAAACUAAAAAAUGGACAACACUUACAAGCAUGAACAAGGCUAGGCGAAUGUGUUCCGGAGUCUUCAUGGAUGGCAAGUUUUAUGUUAUUGGUGGAAUGGCCGGUAGUAAUACAGAGGUACUGACCUGUGGUGAAGAGUAUGAUUUAGAUAAGGGUACCUGGAGGGUGAUAGAGAACAUGUCAGAGGGACUCAAUGGUGCAAGUGGUGCUCCUCCCUUGGUUGCUGUAGUUGAUAAUGAGUUGUAUGCGGCUCAAUAUGCAGGAAAACUGGUAAGGAAGUACAAUAAAAGUGAUAACACAUGGACAACACUGGGAGAGUUACCAGAGCGUCCAGAAGCUGUGAACGGCUGGGGUAUUGCAUUCCGAGGAUGUGGAGAGCGGCUCCUGGUGAUUGGUGGACCAAGAGUUCUGGGUGGUGGGAUGAUUGAGCUCCAUUCGUGGAUCCCAAGGGAGGGGCCCUUGCAAUGGAACAUGAUCGGAAGCAAACCUUCUGGCAACUUUGUUUAUAACUGUGCCGUCAUGGGGUGCUGAUUUCUGCGCCACGCAACUGUCGAACAUACCGUCAACAGGAAAGAUUUGUGAUAUUGGUUUCUCAAAUGGCAUAAAAGCACUGAUUCUGCCUGAUUGGUAAUCUCUGCAUCUUUUUUUCCCCUCCUUUGGACAUUUCAGAUUUUACUCAAUGUUCAACAGAGUAGUUGCUCCCGUGUAUUCAUUAACAGUUACUGGCUGGUUUCUGUUUCCGCCUAUUCGAUUUUCAGUUGGCGAUUUGUACCUGGUCCAUAUACUAUGUCGAAAUGAGUGUUUCCUGAGAUGGAUGCAUCUAGGUGACAAACUGUAAUUGAUGUAGCCUUGCAUCUGUACAAUUGUAUUGGGUUCUGAAUGGUGGCAGAUUCAUAGUACUCAUGUGCAAAUGCCUCUUAACAAAGACAGAACGUGUUAUAAAAGUUCCCCUAUAAACAUUUCCAA